CUCAGCGCUGCGACUCGAGAUGAAGUUAGUGUGGGGUCGCACGGUGGUGUGGCUGGCGGUAUGGCUGGCGGCGGCGACCCUCGUGGCGGCGGAUGCGGCAGCGGAACCAGCAGCGGAGGCGGACGCGAAGGCAGAGGCAAAACCGAAAGCAAAACCGGACCCAGAUGCUGUGUACCCUGCGCCCUGCUACCCUGAGACCAUCUACCACACCCAGUACAUCCCCAAAGUGCAGCAGGUACCCGUGUACUCCACCAUCUACAAGCACCAGUACAUCUCCAAGACAUACUACAAGACCCAGUUCCACACGCAGUACCAGACCCAGUACCAGACCCAGUACGUCCCCAAGUACAUCACAGAGACAGUGUACAAGACGGACCACCAGUACAUCACCCAGUACAAGACCUACUACCACACCGUCUACCACACCCAGUACUCCACACAUGUAAACUACGUGCCCCAGUACAUCACGCACACCCAGUACCACACCCAGUACGUCACCACCCUGCAGUACCAGCCGGUGUACACAACUCUGUAUAAGCCGGAGUACAUCACGAAGCACCAGUUGUUGUACCACACCCAGUACCAGACCCAGUACGUGCCCCAGUACCUCACAGUGACGAAGGCUUACAAGACCUACAAGACGGUGUGUCCCAAGCCAGCCUAUGGGUACUAAGACUAAGCCACGUGUAAGCCAUCACCACCAUGACCAUUAUUUCUUCCUUCAGUCUCCUUCAGUCUCCUUCAACCGCGUCACUCUCCUCGCUUUGCUCCUUCUUCUAUCUCGCCUUCUCUUUCCUUCCUUCGUCCUCUAUAUAACCUGUUUUUCUUUUUUGUCUUCUCUAUUUAUCUCUCCUUCCUUCACCUUCCUUCAUUC